GGUCGGACCUAAUCCUUGGCGUCGCCAGAGUUCAGCCUCCUCCAAAUCGACUUUUCAUCCUCGCUAAAUUUGUCCUUUCAUUCUUCACCGUUGCACAAUUUUCCUUGACCUCACGAUCCGUCUCUUUCCAUUCGAACAUAUCCAGCAUUUCUUCAUUUCGCAGCUGCUAGCAAUUGGAGUUGUUUUCGUAUUUCGUCACGUUUUCCCCGUUCACGCGAUUUGAAUUUUUUUUUUUCGCAGAAGCUGCAACUGCAGCUCUUUUCUUAAACCCGCCUCAAGCUUCGAUCUGAAGCUUACCGUCAUCUGGCCACGAUGUCAGAAUUCUUAGGAUCUCGCAUAUCUCUUAUAUCCAAGAGUGACAUUCGCUAUGUCGGCGUGCUUCACGAGAUCAACUCCGAAGAGUCGACAGUGUCUUUAGAGAAUGUCAAGUCUUUUGGCACAGAAGGUCGCAAGCGCGAUGCUGGGAAGCCAGCUGAAGAGAUUGCUCCAUCCGAUCAGGUCUAUGAAUACAUCGUGUUCCGCGGCAGCGAUGUGAAGGAUUUGCGGAUUGAACAGGCGCCCGUGGUCAAGGAACAGGCACCACCCGCUGUACCUGAUGAUCCUGCUAUUGUCGGAGCGCGACCCCGCCCAGGAGCUGCGCCCGCAGGACCCCCUGCUGGACCUCCAGGCGGUCCUCAUGGCCACCAUCCGCCUCCAUUCCCCGGUGCACCUUACUAUGGAAAUUGGAAUGGUCAAGGGGGACCGGCUGGUCCUGGCGGACCAGGAGGUCCAGCAGGUCCAGGCGGCCCUGGUUUCAACGGAUUCCCGUAUCCUCCCCCACCGAAUUGGUUCCCACCACCUGGUCAAGCUUUCCCCCCUGGACCGGGCCCGUGGAACAACUAUGGAAUGCCGCCUCCGGGAGCACACCAUCCCCCCGGCCCUGGUGGUCCUGGGCCACGACAGCCACAGCAGGGACCACAGCAGCCGCAGCAGCAACAGGAGCAGAAGCCUGCCCCGAUUGGUGCGAGGGGUGACAAGGCUAGGACCGAGUCCCCUGCUGCACAGCAACCUCAGGCAAAACCGCCUGGUGGAGCAUCAGCUGCCAAUCAGUCAGCACCCACCCCACCUGUUGACUCCAAGCCGUCUGUCGAGGAAGUGAAGGCAACGGCUGCCUCACUGAACCAGUCUGGUUUCAAUGCUGGAGCAUCUAGCGCCAAUAAGCAAAUCCCCACUGGACCCAAAGGCACACGAAUCACCCCAGCGGUCCCUCUGCCGGCCGCUCUCACCCAAAAGUCCGCUCAGCAAACGGUUGGCGUUGCCGGAGUCGUAUCAAACAACAAGCCUACAAAUGCCGCAAACACAGCAGCAGCUAUUAGGGACGCCACUCAAGCGGCAAAAGCUGCUGUUGCUGUGGCUAUGGCUAACAUGGAGCGUGGUGAUAACGCUGUUCCUCAAGCCACAGCCCAGCCUUCUAAUGGAAACACCAUGGAUAAUCUGACCAACAAAGUAAACGAGAUGAGGGUCAAUGCUACUAGGGGAGGUGGCCGUGGAGGACGCGGCCGUGGCGGUCCGCGCCAGGCCAAGGUUGAGGUUCCUGAUUCGGACUUUGACUUUGCUUCAGCCAACGCCAAAUUCAACAAAGAUGAUCUUGUCAAGGAGGCCAUCGCAGGUGAUGAGGCCCCAACCGCGCCAGCAGCCACGAACGAAGACCCGGCUGCUCCGCCAGCGUAUAACAAAGCUUCGUCUUUCUUUGACAAUAUCUCUAGUGAGGCGAAGGACCGUGCGGAGAACGGUGGUCAAAAGCCCGGCGGACGCGAGUGGCGUGGUGAGGAGCAACGUAGAAACAUGGAGACGUUCGGCCAGGGCAGCGUCGAUGGAGGCAAUCGGUACGGUGGCUACCGGGGCCGCGGCCGUGGUCGCGGCGGCAUGCGUGGGAGGGGUGGUAAUGGCGGGCGUGGACGUGGCUUUCGUCGUGGCGACGGCCAGGCUACGGCUCAGUAGAGUUUGACGUUCCGGUCGUCCAGUAAACUCUCGACAAGUCAAUCGACAUAUGGCAUUCCAAGGCCCAAAUCGUGAGACCUUGUCCGCUUCUAAGGCCGAGAGCGAGUCACUUUGAUUUAUCCUCAUAAUUAUGUUACGAUUCACUUUGCAACCAGAAGCUGCACUCAAAGCCUCCCCGAUUCCACCUGCUCUCAUCUUUCUAAAAACGCAAUGCCUCUUUUAGGCCAACAUUACUCUCCCAAAUACCUGUCGUGCGCGACAUGAGAAGAUCGGACCAGAAGCAACUAUCAAUCAGCAAACAAGUGCGCACUACGGAUUACUACAACCAUUCUUGGCCAACAGGAGAAGUAGUUCGGUGCUUUGGAUUUCAUCGUCGACUCGAGGACGCUGGAAAACAGCGUCUGUUUCCUACAAAAUGUGUAUUACUAGUACAGGGAGGCGGCAGCCUGGUCUUAGUGGGCAAAUGCACCCUACUCCUCUUACGGACGGUAUAUCAGCCACAACGCUGGUUAUAGGCUGAAGCAGGGCGGCAACACAUAAUUAUUCUUUCAAGGUCCCGGCGCAGGGGAAUGCACCAGCGUUUUGUACAUAAUGUUUUAAGGCAAGAAAAGGCCUGCGACGUGGGAAGUAGGGACAAUUGGGAGCGACGCAGGCGGAUAACGAACUUCUGACGAGUAUUGAGGCAAUGAAAAAGCGUUGCUAUUCGAAUUUGCAU